ACUUGUCUAUUAUUUCAUGCAAGUUUCCAUUUAAUCCCUGUUGCGUCCUCUUUUCAACUUCAUCUGUGCUUCUGCGUCUUGCAACAUACUACUAGCACCUCUUUCAAUGAAGCUGGAGAGCACUAGGCGCUCGGCAAAACAUCUUGGAUCGCGACUUAACUAGAUGAGGUGCGUGUCAACGACCCCGACAGUCUAGCCUGGGACAGUGGAAAUGGCGACACCGAUUGGCUCAACCAAGACCGAAGAGAUCGUCUGCAUCGUGGCACGGACAAAACCAAGUGGUUACAAUGUCUUCAGUCUUAAGGAGACCUCCACCGAGGAGCACAAGUCAUUUCAGCUGUCUAGCCAUCAGGCCGCAGACUUAUCACAGUCGCUUCUUGACGAGUUCCUGAUCGAUGAGAUUCCGGAAUAUUUGCGCAGUAGCCCUGCCAGGAGAGUGCAUGUAGUUGUAUCGACACAAUCGGGAACGGGGCUCGCUUUGGAUUUCUAUAACGCUGUUCUCAAUCCCCUUCUGCAAUCUUUGGGGCUUUCUUCCGCCGAAAAAAACCGAGACUUGCUGGGACUACCGGCCAACACUACGGACGGGAAUUCAUAUGACCUGACCAUCACUCAAGAUGCGCAGAGUAUCCGAAAGUUCGCGAAGGAACUGAAUCAGGGCGUUCGCGGCCAGGAGCCAGGCCACACCGUAAUCCUCCUGAGUGGCGAUGGAGGCGUGGUUGAAAUGCUCAACGGCAAGGAGCGAGGCGAUGGAGGGAAUGAGUCGAGGGAGUUGCCGCCCUUGAUUGCAAUACUACCCCUAGGUACAGGCAACGCGCUCUUCCACUCCCUACACAAGCCCAUACAUGCAUCGCAUGGCUCCUCUCAGGUUUCGGCACUGGUCCUAGGUCUGCGCACAUUACUCCGGGGUCAUGGCGCACCGUUGCCAUCCUUCAGUGCCUCCUUUUCACCAGGCUCGGGGUCCGUAUCGUACAGCAAUUCAGAUGCCACAGACCCAGCACCUUCCCCCGAAGGCGUCGAGGAGCAUUUUGAUUCCAUAUCUCAUCUCUACGGGGCGAUUGUCGCGAGCUACGGCUUCCACAGCCAGCUGGUCUGGGAGAGCGAUACACCCGAGUACCGCAAGCACGGCGACAAGCGAUUCGGCAUGGUGGCUGCUGAGCUUCUGAAGGAAAGCCAUGCGUACAACACAACGGUUCAGCUCACUUAUACCGAUGGGUCUACACCGCAGCAACUCGACAGGGACCAACAUGCCUACGUCUUGGCGACCAUGGUGUCGAAUCUCGAGAAGGCUUUCACCAUCUCGCCAGCUAGCAAGCCUCUUGACGGCAAACUGCGACUGGUGCAUUUCGGUGCCGUGAGCGGACAGAAGACGAUGGAUAUCAUGAUGCAGGCAUACGCCGGAGGGAAACAUGUGGGUAUGCAGUGGACCACGGAUGAUGGCAAGGAGGAGCAAGUCGGUUAUGACGAGAUUCAGGAGGUUAAGGUUACUACUCUGGAAGAAGACGCCCGCUGGAGGAAGGUGUGCAUUGACGGGGCCAUUGUUGAGCUUCCUCGAGGAGGAUCUAUGGUGGUGAAGACCGAGGAGAUAUCACAUUUGCAGAUUUUGGUUGAUCGGUCUCUCAAACCCAUCUGAUUUCCUGGACGACUUGAUACGCAGAAUCUCAUUCCUUGAGUUGUUAACACAAUUAGUACAGGACUGCUAUAGAGAUGAUUUAUUUACAUAUGUCGGCUGGUGUAGUUGG